AUGGCGGACAAGUACGGCCUAAUGCUACAUCAGAUGGACGUCAAGACAGCGUUUCUUAACGGCCCCCUCGACGAAGACAUCUGCAUGGACCAGCCAACCGGGUACCUGGAUCCAAAACAGCUGGACUAUGUGUGCAAGCUAAAGAGAUCGCUCUACGGCUCGAAGCAAUCGCCACGCAUGUGGAACCAAACGAUCGAUGGGUUCAUGAUCAAGAUGGUAUUCAAGAAGUGCGAAUCGGACCGCUGCAUCUACAUCAAGCGCGACGACCAAGACGUGAUUCUCGUGGUGCUCUACGUCGAUGAUCUCAUCCUGGACAGCAGCAACAACGAACUACUCAAGUCGACCAAGAUGGCGCUGAGCACACGCUUCGAAAUGACGUAUCUCGGUGAGCUCAAUUACUUUCUCGGCAUGGAGAUCAAGAGCGACCGUAAGACGGGAAUGAUGACUGUGCAACAAACCAAGUUUCUCAAGUCCGUGUUGACCAAGUUCGGAAUGGAUAACAGCAAGCCAGUGAAGACGCCUCAAGAUCCCGGCCUGAAGCUAACCAAGAAAAUUUGUGAACAAGAAUGCAAGCACGAAGACACCAUGUGCAACGUGCCAUAUCGAAGUGCUGUCGGAGGCAUCAUGUAUCUCAUGGUCGCCACACGUCCGGAUCUAGCUGCUGCAGUGGGAUCAUUAUCCCAGUUCUCGUCCGACCCAUGCCCGACUCACUGGCAAGCUUUGAAGAGUGUGCUGAGAUACCUGCAAGCAACGCCCAAUCAUGGUCUUGAGUUUACACGUGACGAAGGAAGCCGUAUCUGCGGAUACGCCGAAGCAGACUGGGCCGGCGACAUUGAGUCAAGACGAAGUACAAGCGGCUGUAUGUUCAUGAUGAACAAAGGAUGCAUCAGCUGGAAAAGCCAGAAACAACGGACGGUCGCGCUAUCUUCAACGGAAGUGCUAUCUUCAACGGAAGCAGAAUGGCGCUUUCCGAAGCAACCAAAGAAGCAGUAUGGCUCAAGGUGUUGUUGA